GUUGUUGUGUUUGUCUGCUAUGCAUCAGUGUGAGGACAGAGAGGAGGGAAGAUCUCUGUGUGGGGAACAGGAGAACCAGAGCAAAGCUCAGAGCCCAGAGCAGCAGAAAACACACUCUGCUGAACCAGGACCUGGACCUGGAUCUGGACCUGGAUCUGGAUCCAGCUGUGGACCCGUGAAGAGUGACUGGUCAAAGGAGCAUCCCCUUCAUUUCAGUUGAUCUGCAGGUGGAAGGAUCCAGCAGCAGAGACCAGACUGUCCUGAACCUAGCUGUCUGUCCUUCAAGGGCGACCAGUCAAAGGAUGAAUUGAUGAACUUUAAAGACGUCCGUCCAUCUGCUGAUCAGAUAUUUGUGGUCGUCAUGGCAACAGCAAGACCUUCACUGUACUGCUGCUGCUGUGGGUGUGUUUUUUUUUUUUUUUUAUCCUGCGCGCGCAUGAAAGGCGGGAAGUCGAGCCUCUCCAUCACGCCCCCCACCCCCAGCCUCCACCAGUGCUGCAGCCCGGGCUCGGGAGUCCUUCAGAAGGGGCGGGGUCUGUUUCGCUGCAGAGGGAUGCUCCGCAGCCCCACGCUGGACCAACCAGCCUGGAAAUCCCUGCUUAUAGCUCUCCUUCCUCCUGUCGGAGCCCAGCCGAACCGCACGACCCGGGAACUAUGUCCUCCAACCUGCCCUCCGGAGCCACAGCCGGGGGAGCCGGGGUCAAAAGCAAGCCCCUCUCCCCCUUUAGGAAGCGGGGAAGUCUGCAAUACACAGCCAGCACAGUUGAUCUCCGUGGUGCUCGCCACCUCCUCACUUCCCAGCAUUCCUUGCCUGGGAUCCCUGUGGCCUUGAAACAGUCCAUUGACCUGCGCACUUCCAUGGAUGGGAAAUACAAGGAGAUUGCCGAGGAGCUGUUCUCCCGAAGCCUGGCAGAAAGUGAGAUGCGUAGCGCCCCCUAUGAGUUUCCUGAAGACAGCCCCAUCGAACAGCUGGAGGAGAGACGUCAGCGUCUGGAGCGACAGAUCAGCCAAGAUGUCAAGUUUGAACCUGACAUCCUCCUUCGAGCCAAACAGGAGUUCAUGAAGACUGACAGUGCCACAGAUCUUGAAUACAUGAAGGAGCAAAGUGAAACUCCAGACCUGCAGGAGAGAGAAUUGGUUACAGAGAAAGAGUACCAGCGAGUCACUAUUUCAGGAGAGGAGAAAUGUGGGGUUCCAUUCACAGAUCUGUUGGAUGCUGCCAAAUGUGUGGUGAAAGCUCUGUUCAUUAGAGAAAAGUACAUGGGUCUGUCGAUGCAGAGCUUCUGCCGGACCACAGCUCGAUACCUGCAGGAGCUGAGCGAGAGACCUCUGGAUUUAGAUAUCUAUGAGGACGAGAUUCCAGAGACCACAGUCACUGCAGAUGCCACAGUGCACCCACCUGUUUCUGAAACGCACCCCUACGAGAACCAGGACCCUGCCAGCACGCCCCCCGACAUGGGCUACGGCUGUAUGAUGGUGGACGGGGUCAUGCAUGUUUACACCACCAGGAACACCAUGGAAAAGAGCACAGAGCUGGACCUGCCGUAUCCAGACCUGCAGGAGUACAUCGCUGACAUGAACGUCAUGAUGGCCCUCAUCAUCAACGGACCUGUAAAGUCCUUCUGCUAUCGUCGUCUGCAGUACCUCAGCUCCAAGUUCCAGAUGCACAUCCUGCUGAACGAGAUGAAGGAGCUCGCAGCGCAGAAGAAGGUCCCACAUCGAGACUUUUAUAAUAUCCGUAAGGUCGACACACACAUUCACGCUUCAUCCUGCAUGAACCAGAAGCACCUUCUACGUUUCAUCAAAAGAGCCAUGAAGAAGUAUCCUAAAGAGAUCGUUCACGUGGAACGAGGGAAGGGGCAGACGCUCAUGGAGGUGUUUGAGAGCAUGAACCUGACAGCCUUUGACCUCAGUGUUGACACUCUGGACAUGCAUGCAGAUCGCAACACUUUCCAUCGGUUCGACAAGUUCAACGCCAAAUACAAUCCCAUUGGCGAGUCCAUCCUGCGGGAGAUCUUCAUCAAAACGGACAAUUACAUCGAGGGGAAAUACUUUGGUCACAUCAUCAAGGAGGUGAUGGCCGACCUGGAGGAGAGCAAAUACCAGAACGUGGAGCUCAGGCUGUCCAUUUACGGUCGAUCCAGAGACGAGUGGGACAAACUGGCCUCGUGGGCUGUAAAACAUAAGGUCUACUCUGAUAAUGUGCGCUGGCUCGUUCAAGUGCCACGGCUCUUCGACGUCUACCACACAAAGAAACAACUGUGCAACUUCCAGGAAAUGCUGGAGAACAUCUUCAUGCCUCUGUUUGAAGUUACAGUCGACCCCAGCAGCCACCCAGAGCUGCACCUCUUCCUCCAGCACGUUGUGGGCUUCGACAGUGUGGAUGAUGAGUCCAAACCAGAGCAACAUAUCUUCAACCUGGACAGUCCACUGCCAGUCAACUGGACGGAGGAGGACAACCCGCCCUAUUCCUACUACCUCUACUAUAUGUAUGCAAACAUGACAGUGCUGAAUCACCUGCGCAGGCAGCGGGGGUUUCACACACUCGUCCUACGUCCUCAUUGUGGGGAGGCUGGACCGAUCCAUCAUCUGGUGUCUGGUUUCAUGCUGUCAGAGAAUAUCUCACACGGACUGCUGCUCCGGAAGGCUCCUGUGCUGCAGUAUCUCUAUUACUUGGCCCAGAUAGGCAUCGCCAUGUCUCCUCUCAGCAAUAACAGCCUGUUCCUCAGCUACCAUCGUAACCCUCUGCCAGAGUAUCUGUCCAGAGGCCUCAUGGUCUCUCUGUCUACAGACGAUCCUCUGCAGUUUCACUUCACCAAGGAGCCCUUGAUGGAAGAGUACAGCAUUGCUGCUCAGGUGUGGAAACUGAGCUCCUGCGACAUGUGUGAACUUGCCAGAAACAGCGUGCUGAUGAGCGGAUUCUCUCACAAGGCGAAGAGCUACUGGCUCGGCCCGAACUACAUCAAGGAGGGACAGGAGAGCAACGACAUCAGGCGCACCAACGUCCCCGACAUCCGGGUGGCGUAUCGCUACGAGACCAUGUGUGAGGAGCUGAAUCUAAUCACACAGGCCAUUCGCACAGAUGAGCUGGAGACCAUCGAGGAGGAGGGGAGUCUGUGUAUGGGAGCUGUGCAGGCAGAGAAGUGAACAUGCAAACACAACACAAACAAAGUUCUCACCACAUUCCCUCCGUUUCCACAUCAGGACAUUGUACAGAUUUGGAUAUAAACCUAUCACGUCUGUGAAAAGUUACAGGAGGAUUCUGAGAGCUGCUGCUGUGGUAAAAUGAGAGAGGACCUGUGAUCUGUGUAUCCAAGGUGUUUGCUUCCUUUAGUCUCUUUGUGUCAUCCUCUGUUUAAUCUGUCAUGGUAAAUGAAUAAUGUCUCUUGGUCAUUUGUGUUGGAAAAAGAAUUAUAUUUUCAUGGUUUGUGACCUUUUUUCUGUACAAUGUCUGUAAUUCCUGUACCGAGCCUUGAAUAAUGAGCACAUUCAAAAUGUAACUCAUUAAUAAAACAUAUUCAGAGAAUCCAAAACCCAGAAGAGAAUCUGGAACAACUUUGCAAAGAGAAGAGAAUUUAUUACAAACAGGGCUGGACUUAGCAUUGAGAAUACUGAGGUCAUAUUUUUGGCUUCUUCUUUUGUAAUUUGGGGAUUUUAGAAAGUUAGAUAUACAGUUAAAAACUUACACAGGGUGGAUGAUUUUAGGUUCAUCUUGGUCCUUUUUUUUUUAAGCAUGUUUCCUGAAAAAACUAUAUUCUGGUAUUAAUUUCAAGAAAAAAAAACUAAGACAAUAUUCUGAGACAUAUUUUAUUUAUUAAAUGACAUUUAGAGUUUAGUUAGUUGGUGUUUUCUACAGUCGGUUGUACCAGCUAUUCUUAAAUUCAAACUUAUAUUAACUGUAACACAAGUGCUUAUUAAGUGGAAAUUUAAACCCACACUAACAAAGUUGUUCAUGCAUAAAGACUACUAAAAAUCAGUCUUAACCUGUCGAUGGUGAUUGAUUUUGGUUGGAUGAAGCUACAGAAGUAUUAGAUUUACAUGUCCAUAGUUUUCAUCAGUCAGCUAAGAGACGUUUUAAGUUUAAUUAUCCGACAUGACUCAGCAAAUCCAGCAGUUAAUAAUGGAAGGGCUCAUCUGUCAGGCUUUCUGUUCCGCCUUUUUGUCUUCUCUUGGCAGCUGCACUGGUGGAUCAUUGGAGAGUUAACUGCACCCCAGAGGCUGGAGCGGUUAAUGUUACAAAAGCCUGCUGUCACACUCCUCUUCCUCAUGGUCUAUACAUCUCUUUCUGCCUGAUCCCAGUCCCCACCCUGAAGCCGGCACUAAACCCUCAAACAUCUCUGCUGUAGUGUUUCACUGUGAGUGCAACAGGUAUAAAAGAAGGAUUACAAAAGCAAACUCUGAGUUCCGGCUCAGUUGUUCAUUCUAAGGUGGCAUUCCCAGGUUUAUGCAUUUAAGCACAGUGGCUCCGUGGUUAGCACUGUCGCCUUGCAGCUAGAAGAUCCAUAGUUCGGGUCUGGGAUCUUUCUGCAUGGAGUUUGCAUGUUCUCCCUGUGCAUGUGUGGGUUUUCUCCGGGUUCUCCAGCUUCCUCCCACAGUCCAAAAACAUGCUGAGGUUAACUGGUGAUUCUAAAUUGUCCGUAGGUGUGAAUGUGAGUGUGAUUGUUUGUCUCCAUGUGUAGCCCUGUGAUAGACCAGUGACCUGUCCAGGUGUCCCUUGCCUUCGGCCUAAAUCACCUGGGAUAGACUGCAGCCCCCUCUAAUGAGGAUUAAGCGGUGUAUCGAUAAUGGAUCACUGGAUGCUUGUUGCACAAGAGUUGUUGAAAGACUCAGAAAGUUGAAAAUGUGACCAUUUUUAUCAGUUUUUACAGUUUCCGGCCCUGAUAAAUGGUGUAAUUUUGGGUGUUUUUUUAGGAAAGUGUUGAGCGUGUUCAUUUUUUGAGAUAGAAGACAAACAAGUUCUCUCAAUUAAGGUCGUUUGUUCUGCAACAAGUAGCUUGAUAUCAAGGACCAUUACUGUUCAGUUAACAAAAUGUUAAUCUGAAGGCGUCUUCCCAGUAAUGGAUGAAAUGCACCGUGUACAGAGUGUGUUUAUGAAAAUGUGUUACAACCUCAUUGGUCAAAAACUGUUGGAGAGGAACCGCUCUCAUCUCAGCCCUCUAAUUGUCAGUGCACAGGCUUGUCCUUUAGCCUGUUGGCACAUGAUCCUCCAAUCAGAUGGUUCCAGAUCCUGCAAGAGUCCCUCCCUAUUGUGAUUGAUGUAUGUAUCUUAAUUGACUUUACACCUUGCCAGUAGGUUUUCUACACUGAAGCACAUAUCGAAUGAUGCGUGACAACCUUACAAGGAAAGGACAGACUGCAUGUGUUGGCUAAAAUCACCCACCAUUGGCUACUGGUUGGACCAAACCAAAAAGUCAGCUGGGAUAGACUCCAGCGACCUUAAUGAGGAUGAAGUGGUUUAUAGAUAAUGGAUGGAUGGAUGGAUGAAAGAUCAGGAAAGUCACAAACAUCUUGAAAUCCUAUGCAGAAAUUUGGCGGAAAAUACAAACAACUCUACAGAUGUCCAGUAAACAACCACGACGGCGAGCACUUUUAGAUUUCUUCCCUCAACCAUUCAUGCUUGAUUUGAGCACAUUAUGAGGGGUCAAGGACAACUGCAUCUAUACAACAGCAAUUUAACAAUAAACUCUGGGCGAAGUCCUGGAGAUAAAUCUGCAGACUCAUAGAACUGGUGUUGAAAAGUCCGUAUCAGAGCCCUCAUGACAGGGCACAAUUUUAUAAUGACCCAGAAGGAAAUAUGCAUCAAAGUUUCAUGAGUCCAUGAGAUCAGGAUUGGGCUUCAUUUGGCACCCUUACUUAGAUUUACAAUCCUCACAGGCCUUACUCUACAGAAAGUGGCAGCUGGAUUUGUUUGAUUGUCCACUAGCAGCAAGCAUGGCCCACACUAUGUGUUCUAUAAAAUAUUUUUUAUACAUUUUGCCUUCUCGUUAACAUGCUAAUGCAGCUUUAGGUCGCUGCUGUUUGAAAUACCGAUGUGUUUUUUUGUCGUGUCACAUCACAGGUUGCUCUGUUAUCUCCUUCCUGUACACGAGCCAGCUUUGUGGAAUGGUUGACGUGGCAAAAAUUAUGCCAGUGCUGACGCUGCAAAAGACAGAUACCGAGGAGUAACUUUACUUCGUCUGUCAAUGAGCGAUUGUUCGCAGUCCAGCUUCUGAUUGGCUAACAUGCUUUAUGAUCUUACGCUUUAUGAUCAUAUCACCACUUUUUGUUUGUUCUUGGCAGCGUUUCUGUUGUGUUCCCGAAUUUAAAUAUGGAUGAAGAUUUCUUCAAACCAGCACCUGCAUGGAAGGGAACACUUUUUUUAAAAAAAAUAUGCAAUGCAAAAAGAUGCCAUUGUUGUUGAUGUGCAGACAGAGGAAACUUUUUUUCAUCAUGUCACAUCAGAGGUUGCUCUGUUAUCUCCCUCCUGUAUUUAAGCCAGUUUUGUGGAAUGGUUGACGUGGCAAAAAUUGUUCUGGAGCUGACGCCGCUAAAAGGGCUUUUUACAUAUUUACAAAAAAACUUGCCCCACCGUUGGUUACCUGCUAGAACUGAUAGCCUUUCCUUUGCCAGCUUCUGAUUGGCUAACAUGGCUUCACGCUUAUGGUUACAUCACCACCUGUUUUGUCUUUGCAACGCUUCAGUUGUGUUUUUGAAUUUUCAUCUGGAUGAAGAUGACUUUUAAAACAGCAUGCAAAAAAUGCAACAUUAGCUCACUGAGUGUUGAAAAAAUGUUGAUGCGUAGACAGAGGAUUUGUUUUUUGUCAUGUCACAUCAGAGGUUGCUCUGUUAUCUCCUUCCUGUAUUUAAGCCAGUUUUGUGUAGUGGUUGACGAGGCAAAAGUUGUGCUGGAGCUGACGCUGCAAAAGACAGAUACUGAGGAGUAACUUUACUUCGUACUUCAAUGCGCUAUUGUGUGCAGUUCAGCUUCUGAUUGGCCAACAUGGCUUUACAGUUAAGAUCAUAUUGCUUUUUCUGUUUGCUCUUGGCAGCACUUCAGUUGUGUUUAUGAAUUUAAAUACUGAUGAAGAUUACUUUUAAAUCAGUACCUGUGUGGAUAGGAACCCAGUGUUUUUGAAUAUGUAAUGCAAAAAAAAAGCCAUUUUAGUUGACGUGUAGACAGAGGAAUUUUUUUUUUGUCAUGUCACAUCAGAGGUUGCUCUGUUAUCUCCUUCCUGUACAUGAGCCAGUUUUGUGUAGUGGUUGACGAGGCAAAAGUUGUGCCAGUGCUGACGCUGCUAAAAGACAGAUACUGAGGAGUAACUUUACUUCAUACCUCAAUGUGCUAUUGUUCGCAACCUGCUGGAGCUGAUAAGCACUUUUUUCCUAAGUUUUUCUUUUGAAAUUUCUUUAAAAACAGCACCUGUGUGGACAGGAACCCAGUCAUUUUAAAUAUCUUUUUGAAUGUGCAGUGGUUGACAUGGAAAAAUUAUGCUGGUGUUGCUAACAAGACGAGUAACUUUACUUAGAAACUUGAUGCACCACCGUUGGUAACCUGCUGGAAUUAAUCACCAAAUACCCAACUGUGCACUAGGCCUAAAAAUUCUGAACAAUCUCAAACACACACUAAAGAACUGAUGAAUCGCUGGUGCAACCCAAUGCUGAUGAACUUCCUAGCAAGCACAACUCAGUUUAAGUACAACUAACAGAACUUGGUUGGUGUGGAUGAAGCAGAAUAAUGACCUCAGUGUUUCUAAAAUCCUGACUGCGGCUCUGACUUCUCAUCAAAUCCUAAACUUCUGCAGCAGAAUUGGUUCAAUUUGUGAUGCAGAAACACAUAAAAACACUGAAAUUAAAAAUAGAAACACUACAAAUGAAUUAAAACAUUUUCUACUCUGAGCAUCCACAGCACAGAUAAAUCUCCAUCUUCAGUAUAAGUGUGAUAUUCUUGCUUCUUUUUUCCGUCUCUACAGUGGUUCCGUUGGGUUGCAUGAGGCCACGUCAAUAUUUAUUGUCAGAUACAUUCCUGAAUGUGAUGCAUGAUGAUCCGCUUUUUCACUCUUUGCACAAGUUCAACCAGUGCCAAAUCCAUGAAUAAACAACCUCCAGGUUUAGAGAACUGAAAGUCGACUAACUUGACAAACCACUUUUCCAAUUCCCAGCUUCUGUUCGGGUCUUGGUGUUGUCGGUCAGGCUGCUUGUUGCUGUUUGUGUGUCCUCCCAGAGCAUUUUUAUGUGCUGUUUGUGAUAUUAUUUAAUGCCAUUUGCAUCUGUAAAAAAUAGAUAUUAUUAACAUUGGUGUGCUUUCCUCUUUUCAAUUAAAAAGAAAGAAAAAAGAGAGUGAGAAAAAUUAAAA